AUGUACGAGCAAGCACAGCCGGUCCGGUCCCCUGUUGUGGGGCCCGGCUACAGUCAAACCAGCGGACCACAAACCCAAGCACCUUCUGUCCACCAGAGUGGUCUGCACGGGCGUGCCUGCCAUGGCAACGCCGCUUAUCACAAGCGGCAGAAAGGGCUAGAAACGUCUUCAGACACGUACGAAGAUGCCGAGACCGUAAAUCUGCCACCGCCAAUUCGCGAGGCACGGCUGCAGCGGGCUGGGUUACGGGGAGAACCGCCCAUGGAGGGGGCUGAUGGCAGGAACAUCAGGCGUCAUGUCAAUUCACCUGACGCGACGGACACGUCUACAGACAACACGUAUCCGAGUGAAACAAACGGCCGCUGUGGUCUCCGUGACUUUGUUCGUCCCUACCGCGGCUGCAUUACUCGCAUUACUGCUGUGGUGGCAACCUUGGUCAUCUUGGUAUUACUCGUCGUAAUGGUGUUCAAUGUUAAAAAGGACUUUUCCCAGCUGUCCGACACACUUGGAGCCUUGAAACGCGACGUGGAUGGCAUAUCCCGACUGUCUGACACUGUCGACGCCUUGAAACGCAACAUGGACGGAAUAUCCCGACUGUCUGACACUGUCGACGCCUUAAAACGCAACAUGGACAACGAGCGAAACUCCACAGCUGCAAAGAUGGCCUGUCUUGGUGAGAAAGUGCACUACUCCGGCUGUAAGAAUCCUGCCAUACUCAUCGGAGACUGCGGUACUUUUACCUCCCCUGGUUACCCGAACAACUACAAUGACAACGCCCGGUGUUCCUGGACGAUAACUGUCAGCAGUGGAAGGCGGGCCGCCAUCAGGUUUAUAAGUCUGGACUUGGAACAAUCCUCUGGCUGUAGGUAUGACUCCGUGACGGUGUAUGAUGGCUCCACCUCCAGCGGCAAACAACUCGGCAAAUUCUGCGGUACCACAGGCCGGCACGUCGUGGCCAGUGGGAGGACUGCCCACAUUAUAUUCACCUCCGACAGUUCCAAUAGUGGUAUCGGAUUUUCUAUUAAGUUUUCAGGCGUGUCGGAUUUCUGCCACGUUCCUGAGGACUGA